AUGAGUUGUUUAUGUUCUUGUUCUGGUGAUAAUGGGGAAAUAAAAUUGGACCAUGAUUAUAAAAUGGAUAUUAAAGAAAAACCAUCUGUACCUAAAAAUAAAAAUGCUUUAGUUGAUCCUAAUACUGUUAUUGAAAUAGAACCGGAUAAAACUUUGAAGAAACAAAUAACUUUUAGACCUAAAGUUGAUAUAAUGUUUGAUUCAGAUAAAUGUCAAGCUAUUUUAGUUUUAGAUAUUCCAGGGUUUAAAAGUGAUGACAUAGAUGUUGAAAUAGGGGAUGGAAUAUUAACUAUUGCGGGACCUAGAUCUCAAACUGAAUUGUUUGAAACAUAUGGAGAUAAUUUAGUUUUGCAUGCAAAAGAAAGAGAAGUAGGUUAUUUUAAAAGAAUUUUUAAAUUACCCAAUAACAUACUUGAUGACACAGCUACAGCUAUGUACAGAAAUGGAAUUUUGGAAAUAAAAAUGGAAUGUAAGCAAUUCUCAGAUGUACAUAAAGUUGAAAUAACUGAAGGUUAA